UGAACAAUACUUCAUGGUCUUCCUCUUCGUCCGCCUGCAUGCCCUGUUCUUACCUUCCUCUUCUCCACCUCGACCGCCCUCUUCCAACCGGCGCCAAGAGGUGCUCCCAAUUCCUCUUCCUCAGCGUUACAGCCGUGCUAGUCCUCUGCCUCCUCGCCUUCGCUUCCAGGAGCACUGGAUCAGCUCGGUUCGCCCUCAUUGGAGAUAUUGGCGUUGAACCAGCUGGGCACGUCCACAGCCUUCCCAUCUCCCGCGGCCUUGCAACGGGCGUUUCCGACAAGUCCUCCGGCUCAAGGCUCUUCUUCAAGCCCUCCUACCCUUGGACCAACAGCAUGCUGCUCUGGCAACGCACCUCCUUCCACUUCCAACCGGAGAAAAACUGGAUGAAUGAUCCUGACGGUCCGAUGUACUACAAAGGAUGGUAUCACCUGUUCUACCAGUACAAUCCGGAUUCAGCGGUUUGGGGAAACAUAACGUGGGGGCACGCAGUGUCUAAGGACCUGGUUCAUUGGCUCUAUCUGCCAAUUGCCAUGGUUCCCGACCACUGGUACGACGCCAAUGGUGUCUGGACAGGCUCCGCCACGCUCCUUCCGCACGGCCGCCUUGCCAUGCUCUACACCGGCUCCACCCUCGAGUCGGUCCAGGUGCAGAACCUGGCCUUCCCUGCCGACCCGGACGACCAGCUCCUGCUCGACUGGGUCAAGGCCGAGUCCAACCCGGUGGUGGUGCCCCCGCCUGGGGUCGGCGCCAAAGACUUCCGUGACCCCACCACGGCCUGGUACGUGGCCGCCGAGGGCGCAUGGUUCGUCGCCAUCGGCUCCAAGAACGACACGUUGCGGCGGCACUCGGGCAUAGUGCUGGUCUACAAGACCGUGGAUUUCAUACAGUACGAGCUGCUCCCCGGCGUGCUGCACGCCGUGGACGGCACCGGAAUGUGGGAAUGCGUGGACUUCUUCCCGGUGGCGACGGAGGUGGCGACGGGGCUGGACACGUCGGAGCCGGCAGGACCGGGCGUGAAGCACGUGCUGAAGGCCAGCCUCGACGACGACAAGCAUGACUACUACGCGAUCGGGACGUACAACGCCGCCCUGAACGCGUGGGAGCCGGACGAGCCGGAGAAGGACGUUGGAGUCGGGCUGCGUUACGACUACGGAAAGUUCUACGCCUCCAAGACGUUCUUCGAUCCGUUGAAGAAACGUCGAGUCCUGUGGGGUUGGAUCGGCGAAACCGACAGCGAGCGCACCGAUCUCACCAAGGGCUGGGCCUCGCUCCAGGCCCUCCCUAGAACAGUGCUGUUUGACCAGAAGACCGGCAGCAGUCUCCUCCAGUGGCCGGUAGAUGAAGUGGAUAAGCUGAGACUCACUAAAAAUAACUUAGGCAGCAUCAGCCUCGCCGCCGGCUCCGUCUUGCCCUUGGACGUAGGCACAGCCACCCAGCUGGACAUCGUCGCCGAGUUCGCGCUCAACUACUCUGCGUCGGCGAAUGCAAACGAAGCCGACGUCGGGUACAACUGCAGCACCAGCGGCGGCGCAGCCAGCCGGGGAGUGCUCGGGCCGUUCGGCUUCCUAGUGCUGGCCGAUCAGAACAGGUCGGAGCAGACAGCGGUUUACUUCUACGUCGCAAGAAGAACAGAUGGCAGCUUCAGGACACACUUCUGUCAAGAUGAGCUAAGGUCGUCGGUGGCAAGCGAUCUGGUGAAGAGGGUUUAUGGCAGCAUAGUUCCUGUGCUCGAUGCUGAAACUUUAACACUCCGGAUAGUGGUGGAUCACUCGAUCGUGGAGAGCUUUGCGCAAGGAGGGAGGACGUGCAUCACGUCAAGGGUGUACCCGACAAGAGCAAUCUACGGCGCGGCACGACUGUUCCUCUUCAACAACGCUACGGGCGUGGAUGUCGCAUGCAAGUCCCUAACGGUUUGGCAGAUGAACUCCGCCUUCAUAAGGCCGUUCGACAGCCGCCUUGAUUCAUCUCUUGAUUCACCUGCUACUAAAUUUGAACACGACUCCGUCUUCUCGGAGUUUAAGAAUAGCUGAAGCAUAUUCUUCGUAUUUUUUUUUUAAGGAAUUAAGAGAUUUAGUUAUUUUCUGUCUGUUUGUAUUUACAUUAUUAUUAAGAAGAUAUAUGUUAGGUAAA